AUGAGUACAAUUGUAUUGCUGACAAUUGUACAUGAUGUAACAGGUUCUGGUUUGCUCGAUGAGAAAAUUACCACACCUAAACAAUCUAAAUUGAUGAAAUUACUUUUUGGUUCUUCUGGUUCAGUCAGUUCAUUUCAAAUAUCUUGGCUGACUCUUUCAUCAGUCUUUGUGAUAGUUAUUGGGCUGAUCAAAAGCUAUACAGAACGAUCUGUCUUUUAAAACAAACCUAAUUACGCACAUUCAUUGUUGAAAACAAUAACAAAUUUCGCAUGUUACGUUACUAAUAUUCC